AUGGAGCACCAAGUCUCCAUCAUGUCUGACUGGGUCCUCCUCGGGCUCAUCGCGGCACUGGUGACGCUGCUCCUGCUGACCGUCUUCGGUUUUGUCGUCUACUCGGGGCUCUUCACGGAGGUCGUUGUGAGUGCUGGCUCCCCGCCGGUCGGCAGCAUCACGCUGGCCUACAAGUUCAGGGUAGGCCCCUAUGGCGAAUCCGGGCAACUCUUCACAGACGGCUGCAGCAUCUCUUCCAAGCUCUGCUCCAUCGGUGUCUACUACGACAACCCUCACACGGUUUCUCCAGAGAAGUGCCGCUUUGCCAUAGGGCGAAUCCUGAGCGAGGGAGAUGCAAAGCCGUCAGAAGAGCAGAUCAAGCGGUUCCAGAAGUAUGGCUUCAAGAUCUUCUCCUUCCCUGCUCCUAGCCAUGUGGUCAUGGCAACCUUCCCGUUCACUACGCCACUGUCCAUCCAUCUAGCAGUCAACCGUGUCCACCCAGCCCUUGACACCUACAUCAAGGAGAGGAAGCUGUGUGCCCACCCCCGGAUCGAGAUCUACAAGGAGGACCGCAUCUACUUUGUGUGUCCCCUUGCCCGCCAAGGGGACUUCUACGUGCCUGAAAUGAAAGAACUGGAGAGGAGGAGCAGGGCUGCCGCAGCUGAGACCGAGGAUGCCCAGACAGACGUUACAGGGGCCGACACCAUGAGUGAGACGAGCUCCAUCAGCAUGGAGGCCACACCCGACAGCAGAGACACCUCGGUGGCCACCUCCAUCCUACUGCCCUUCCCUGCCAGCCGUGGCCGGGAGGAGGCCGACAAACGCAGCGGGCACAGCUACAGCGAGUCGGCCCGCGCGACGGCGAGGGGAGCCAGCGGUUCCUCCUUCGAGGAGCUGGACCUGGAGGUCACUGGGGAUGGGGAGGGAACCCCCAGCCUGCUGCCUGGUGUGGGCUACGCGGGCAACCAGGAGGUCACAGAAAAGUGGACCAAAGAGCCCAUUGCUGCUGAGAGAGGAGAAGAGUGA